UUGUUUAUUUGUCACUUGUGAUUUGUGUUUUGUAUGAAUUUUAAAUUUCGUAAAAAUUUAUUUUAUUUUUUAAACACUUUAUUGUUGUAAUAGUGAUUUAUUUAUAAUGAAAGACGAAUAUGAUUGCAAAUGCAUUAAAAUUGUGGGACACCUCGAAGCGGUGAAAUGGCUUCUAUCGCCUAGAAUAUACAAACCUAGCACUGGGCCGCUUGCAUUAGAAGAUUGGAAAGAAAAUCCUCAUAUUUGGUUGUAUUAUGUUGAGAGCGCAGAUGGUUUACUGUUGGAAGAUGACGUGCUUAGAUCCACAGAUACCCGUUAUUGGUCCAUUCAUGAUGUGCAGCGUUACUUCCUCGGCGAAUUGCACUGUGAUCAAGUCCUGUUCACAUAUCAGUAUCCAAGUCUAAAAUUACCCACUCACCUUGGUACUUACUUGUGGAAAGCAAAUACAGCUCUUAAAAUACCACCAAAACUGUUUAUGAAGGAAUUGCAUAUGUCCAUAGAAGAAACAUUAAAGAAAAUGGAAAUAAAAAAACUUCAAAUGGAUAGACUUCUUGUAUCGGAUCAGUUAAUUAGACUUCAUCGACUGGACUACUUUAAACGGAAGACUUUUUUUAGAAUCCUGCAGAAUAUUAUUGGCUUCCAGGACAACUUACAAUUAGUUUCGUUUGAAAACCUAUGUUGUACACGUCUAGAGGGCGUGCGACUUAUCCAACAACUGGCCUGCUUCGCAGCAAAAACGCUCAAAUAUCUUUUCCUCUGGCGUUUUGUUUUACCAAAUGAAAAUCCUUUGCUGAUCAACUACAGCUACAUAUCGGGUAGUGGCCAAUAUAUACCGCGUCCAGAGACUAGAAAGUGCUUUUUGAGGAGUUUGGGAGAACUUCGAAAUCUUCGUGUUUUGGCCCUGGAGUACUCUCACAUAGCUGACGGAACCGGAAAUGCUCUUCUAUCACUUCUGCCAGUGAUGAGACGACCACACUUCCGGCUACAGAUAAUCUGUCGCGAAAAUCAAACCCCAGGGAAAAGAGAUGCAUCUCGCGGUUGCGGAGGCUACGACGUCCCUGAUACUGCUUGGCGACGUGUGACUAUAUCUUGCCCCGAUCUGUACCUUUUUAUGGCUUUCUUUCGAAUCCGUGACUAUGAUAAUGUGAGAAGAUUUUUGACACCAAGUCUGCCCCUGCGUGAAGUGCAUCUGCAACUCGGUAUCGACUUGAAGGUCACUCAACGUCAGGACUCUGAUCUCAGUUGUUUUAUGCGCCUCCUUGGUUUUUAUUACGCAAAUUCAUUGGUGACGCUAAGUAUCCAUCAGUGGCGGUCUCCGGAACUUCCUCUGCGGUGCGUUCUGGAGUUCAUUCCGUCACUGACUCGUUUGCUGUAUACGGGUCGCUGUCGCGAAAAAGAUCUGCGAGAUGCCCUUCAUAUUAUAUCGUGCGGAGUAUGCCACAAACUAAAGCAAGUCCAGAUACAGAUACAAGAUGAAGAAUCCAAAAGAAAUUACUGGAGCAAGACUGUAGAAGUUCUCAGAGAUCAAUUUAAAGACAUAAUGCAGCUCUUUGAUAUAAAUUUUAGUCUUGAAAUUUACAAAUGCUAACAAAAAUAAUUACAUUUUCGUUUUCCAAAUACAAAUGUGUGAUAUUUCAAUUUAAAAAAAU